AAUGAUGAACACUGUAUCGUCUACGAUGACUCUGCAAUUGAGCGUCUCCUUGAUAGAAGUCAACAAGGCAUGCAAGAGAAGAUGAUGGAGAUGAACGACUAUCUGAGUUCAUUUAAAGUGGCCCAUUAUGAGCGCAAGGAGGUCAUUAAGCAGGAGAUCGACCCAGCAGAUCCAACCUAUUGGGAAAAGCUGCUUAGGCACCACUUCGAGCAGGCUCAAGAGGAUCAGUCUCGGGCUCUUGGUAAGGGAAAACGAGUUCGAAAACAGGUUAAUUAUUCUACUACGCAUGAGGAUGAAGCUGAUUGGAAUGAAGGCAUGAGCGACCAGGACAGUGACUUUUCUAACAAGACUUAA